AUGGCUGGUACCCGCAACAGUAGCAAUAUUAUCCUUCAGGUCUUCUGGUUCAAGUGCCCCUGGUUGACAAAAGCCAUCUCCCCAGCCAUCCCAGUAUACAAUGGGCUCGUGUUCUUGUUUGUACUGGCAAACUUCAGCAUGGCAACUUUCAUGGACCCUGGAGUUUUCCCACGAGCAGAUGAAGAUGAAGAUAAAGACGACGACUUCCGAGCUCCACUCUACAAGAAUGUGGAGAUUAAAGGAAUCCAAGUACGGAUGAAAUGGUGUGCCACUUGCCACUUCUACCGUCCUCCACGCUGCUCUCACUGCAGUGUCUGUGACAACUGUGUUGAGGAUUUUGACCAUCACUGCCCAUGGGUCAACAAUUGCAUAGGACGGAGGAACUACCGCUAUUUUUUUCUCUUCUUGCUGUCCUUAAGUACGCACAUGGUUGGAGUAUUCACCUUUGGGCUCAUCUUCGUACUAAACCAUAUGGAAAAGCUGGGAGCAGCUCAUACUACCAUUACAAUGGCUGUCAUGUGUGUGGCUGGGUUAUUCUUUAUUCCAGUCAUUGGUCUCACUGGCUUCCAUAUUGUUCUAGUGGCCCGAGGCCGCACCACGAAUGAACAGGUGACAGGUAAAUUCCGGGGGGGAGUGAAUCCUUUCACCCGAGGAUGCUGUGGAAAUGUGGAACAUGUGCUCUGCAGCCCCUUGGCUCCCAGGUACAUAGUUGAGCCCAAGAAAAAGCAAGCUGUGAGUGUGAAGCCUCCUUUCCUCAGACCUGAUUUAUCUGAGCGACAGAUCACAGUGAAGAUCAGUGACAACGGGAUCCAAGCCAACCUCAACCGGAGCAAGUCUAAAAUUAGCCUGGAAGGUCUGGAGGUUUAAAGUAUGGAUGUGCAACCACCUCUCCCACCCAAAGGAGAUCCAAGCAAGUACUCUGAGCUAAAAGGGCAGCUGGGGACCAGUGAAGAAGGUGGCCUUUCGCCCAAACUUAUCAGCCCUCCUACACCUGCCAUGUACAAGUAUCGACCGGCUUUCAGCACCAAUCCCAAAGUCCACUACCAUGCUACAGCUGAGCAGAUCACCAUGCAGGAGGGACACAGUCAAGGGGCUCUGAUAGAAGAGGAUGGCAGGAGCCUUGAUUACCAGUCCGAACCCAGCUUGGACGUUCCCAGCUACCGGAAGAGCUCCCUCCACAAGACCUAUCAGUCUUCCCCACUCCAGUUAGAUUCCUUUGCCAUCAAUUCACGAUCCCUGAGCCUGAAAUCUGCUGGCAGGAGAGGGACAGACAAAGUGCCCCUUCAUCCAAUAAAGUCUGAAGGGGCGGCUUCCACCCCUUACAAAAGCAUCUUUUCUCCCAAUUCCCUGUCAAACAGAAAUGGGAGUCUUUCAUAUGACAGUUUGCUAAACCCCAUGUCGCCCUCGGGGAGGAAGUGCAUCGCCCAUUCUGCGGUCAGCUCCGUUGGGUACCACUCCCCAUAUUUAUCAGCCAAAAUGUGCCAUCUACGGGGGAGCGAGCUGCAACGCCAACCACCGCAGAGCUUCAGCCCAGUGCUGGGGGGUCCAGCUCCACAUCAGCGAGACCCCUCCCCAGUCCGCUAUGAUAACCUUUCCAAAACCAUUAUGGCAUCCAUCCAGGAGAGGAAAGAGAUGGAAGAGAGGGAGAAGCUCCUCCACUCGCACCCUGAUUCAGUGUUUGCAGACUCAGGUGUCUAUGACACCCCUAGCUCUUACAGCCUUCAGCAAGUCAGCACGCUCUCUGAAGACCCACGCAGCAUGGCAAUGAGAUACGGAUCUAGAGACAAUCUGAUGGCUGCUACCAGUUUUAGCACAAGGAACCCUAUACUACAGUCCUCAGUGUCUUCACUCUCAAGUGCAAUGACAAGAGCACCAAGGACUUCCACAACCUCUCUGCAAGCUGAUUUAGCCAAUAAUAAUGUCCAGUCCCAUCAAGCACUACAGGGCAGGGUGAGCAAUGGCUCCUACAAAUCCCCAGGCCACCAGGUCCCAUCGUCCCCCACAGGGAUGCCUAGGUCACCCUCUUAUGGAGGCCCAAAGGCUGUCUCAUUUGUAAACACUGUGGAAAUUACAGAGGUGCAACCAGUGGGAGCACAAAGGGAUGACAUGCAGUUGAAGACACCUCACAGUAAAAUAAAUGGACAGCCAAAAGGAAUAUCCAGGUUGGGCUCAACAUCAAGUUCCCAGGGGACACCUGUCAGCCCUGCUAGACACUCAAGUGUUAAGAAGGUGUCUGGAGUUGGUGGAACAACCUAUGAAAUUUCAGUGUAAAAUAAAAUUAAUUAAAAAUAAAGAGCCAUCCACUCAGCCAGCCAUGAAGCUAGGAGCACUGUGAAGACUCAAAUAGCAACAAAGAAGGAGCAGCAGCAGCCGACCACUCUCCUUUUCUUGUUUUGGGUUUGUUCUGUUUUCAUCUUUCUCUUUUGGCCAAAAACCAGCUGCAGCCUUAUUCUUGAGGGAAUAAAACUGUACAGUCCAUCAGACCCUUCCUGAACUGACAGGCAGGAACUGGCUACAACCUAACACCACAACCACAGAGCGGAUUUCUUUUGUGCAAGAGAGCACUAAAGCCAUUGUGCGUGUGUCUGUCCAACAAACCUGUUGUGUACCAGUUGUGCUGUGAAAAAGUACGGUCAGUCCAGGAUCAUUCAGUUUUUCCCAUGCCCCUUCCCAGUUCCUC